UGAUAUGGUUCAAAAACUUGGAAGCGCAUAUGGAUCUUAUUUUUCAAAGGUUAUAAUGAUUAAUAAUAUACAUUUAAUCGCAUCUUCUUUGAAAGAUCGAAAGCCACAAUGUAUUAUUGCAACUGCAUCAACUACAACAAUGGCUAAUGAGGUUGAACGUGUAGUUAAAGGAUGUGUUAACUCUUCAUUAGUUAAAUUUACACGGCCAAAAAUUUUUUAUGAAUAUUCUUGUUUUAAGGGGGCUGUUGAUAUUAAUAACCAGGUGCGUGAUAACAUGACAUCUUUUCAUAAUGUUAUGCGCGGAUCCAGUUGGCAGCUACGUGUAUAUGCUUUUUUGUUAGGAAUUGCUAAGGCAAAUGCUUUUUUAAUAUUUAAAAAAUGGAAUAAAGAAGCGAAUAAUACAUCACAUUUCGAUUUUAGACGAUUAUUAGCAGAUGAAAUGGUUAGUAAUAUUUUUUCUGAGAAUGAAGUUUUAAUACCAAAUACAAGAAUGCAAAAACAAAAAAGAGAAACAGAGCUAUCACACAAAUUAUUAACUUUUCCAAAAAAACAAAAAUCUGGAAAAG